CGCAAAAAGCAAGGGACACUUUUUAUUCAACAGUUCGAGAAAGAAGCACAAGAACGUAUAAACGAGAUGGAGGAAAAAUUGGAGCAGACUCUUGCAACAGUAGAUCGGGUUUUCAAAGUGGAAUUGAUGAAAAUGCCACCUGCGCUUCAAAAAACCGUGAUAGAUUUAAUAAAUGCGGAUGGCAAUUCGGCAGGUGAAGUCACCAUCGCCAUAAAGACGGAAUCACCCGAGAUUCACCAGCCUCUCACAAGGAAGGUUUCCAAGAAAGCCAGAUCACUUGCCAAUGGCUCAAGCACUGGAAGCCUACGGAGUGCCACAUCCACAAGUACAAAAAUAACCAAAACUCGCAUUGCCAAAAUCAGUGAUCAAUCUCCACUGACUGGGAUGAAACACAGAUCUGUUUUGCGGUCAGCCAGUGAUGACCACCUGUGUUGCUCCCUGUCUGGAUUGUCUCCACAUGUAAUCAUCUCUACAUCCCAUGGAGAGACUUUGUGCCUCUCGGAUGAUACUGUUGAAGAUGUUGACAUCGGGUUACUGGAUGAUAUGGCUGUUCUCCAGAUGCAGAAGUUGAUGAAACUGAUGGACCAUCUUUUCAACAAAGUCAAAGCGACUCAGCCUAUGAAUUAGUCUGCAAUGAUACCAAGACGUCUAACAUUGAGCCACUAAUGCCACUUAUUCAUGUUUUACUUUCAAAUUAAAAGUUGAUUCAAUAAA